CGCAGUCUUCUCUCUUCACUCUCACUCUCCGCCGCUGAUGGAAGCAGCAGCCAUGGCCAACACGGUGCGGGUCGCCACUGCUCAAAUGACCUCCGUCAACGACCUCUCCGCCAACUUCGCCACCUGCUCUCGUCUGGUGAAGGAAGCAGUCACCGCCGGCGCGAAGCUGCUCUGUUUCCCGGAGAAUUUCUCCUACGUCGGCUCUAAAUCCGGCGACAGCAUCACGAUCUCCGAGCCAAUUGACGGUCCGAUCAUGGAUAAGUACCGCUCUCUAGCUAGGGAUUCAAGCAUCUGGCUCUCGCUCGGCGGAUUUCAGGAAAGAGGAUCGGACGAUUCGCGUCUGCGCAACACGCACGUGAUAAUCGACGACGCCGGAAAUAUCAGGAGCAAGUACAGUAAGAUGCAUCUGUUCGACGUCGAUGUGCCUGGCGGCGCGGUGUACAAGGAGAGCAGUUUUACCGAAUCCGGAGAAGAAAUCGUCGCCGUCGAUAGUCCGUUUGGAAGGUUAGGGUUAACGGUUUGCUACGAUUUGCGGUUUCCGGAGAUCUAUCAGCAGCUGAGAUUCAACCGCGGCGCGGAGGUGCUGUUGGUGCCGGCGGCGUUCACUAAACCUACGGGGGAGGCGCAUUGGGGGAUUUUGCUCCGCGCGCGGGCGAUCGAGACGCAGUGCUAUGUGAUUGCGGCGGCGCAGGCGGGGAACCACAGCGAGGAGAGAGAGAGUUACGGUGAUAGUAUGAUUAUUGAUCCGUGGGGUAAAGUUAUUGGCCGGUUGCCUGAUCGGCUGUCGACUGGAAUUGCGGUUGCGGAUAUUGAUUUUGCGGUGAUUGAUUCGAUUAGGAAGAAGAUGCCGAUCGAUCAGCACCGGAAGCCGAGCGAGUUCUGGAGAUCGGUAGAGGCGGCUUUGUGAGGUGGAACAAGCAGCUCUGUGGAUUUCAGCAUGUUCAUGUACAGCAAUCAAUGGUUUGGUGGACUGCGAAUUGAUUGGUAUCUUGAUGUCUCCACAUCCGUUCAUGUGAUCGAAACAAAAUAAAGGAAAUGAAGAAGUGUAUUCAAACUUGAUCUUGUGAUAUGAUCCUUUGGAAAAUGCAUUAUUGCUAGGUGGACUAUCUCUUGAUGGAUAAUCUCUUCAAACUUGAUCUUGGUGAUAUGAUCCUUAGAUAAAUGCAUUAUUUCUAGGUGAAAUAUCUCUUGAUGGAUAUUCUUGGAAUCUACAUCUAGGUCAUCUUGAAUAUAUUCGUGUUAAGAGGGACUCGAGAAGUGUUGUAGAUUUCUUUUUGUUGAUUGAUCUACAUUCGUUCAUGUAGACAUUCUUGUUUUGUUGA